GUUUAGGCGUAGUUUGAUUAAGGCCCAAAAAUGGUCGCUUCCCUAAGUUUAAAAAAUCAACACCCUCAUUGUUUUCAAUAUGCCGGUUCCGCUUAAUGAUGCGUCAAAUUUUGGUCACCGUAAACUAAGCGAUAACGAGAAUUAUGAGCUCCUUGAAUGUCCGUGGGCACCGGAUGCUGCUUUUACAUUUCCGCCUUCGACUAAACGUAAUUUGACAUUUCAAUUAUCAUGUGUUAAAAUGUGUCAAAGGCAUUUUUUCAAUGUACCUACGGAGCAUAGUCCAACACCAUUCCUAGACGCUCCUGAUGUUUGCAAUCAAUCACUGUACCUAAAGGUAUACCGAUUCUUGCAGAUAGGGCCAACACUUCCUGUGACACUUAUUUCCAGUGAACGCUCCUUCUUAAGCUUGAAUCAUAUUUACGAAGUAAAACUUGGGAACAAAGAUUAGAUGGUUAAGCUUUACUUAGCAU